ACGUAUUACUAAUUGUAAAUGGAUACGUAGUUGUGUGCAAUCUCGUAUUAUAACCUUAAAAUGUCAAAAAGCAUAACCUUAAAUAUGUACCAGAAUUUUCGUAUUAAACUCGAUUUCAAAUAUUAUAAUGAUGUGCGCCGUUUUUGUUGGAUUUUUAUCGAUUGUACAAAGAUGUUACAAAUUGAUGAUGUAAAAGAACAUAUUAAAAAACUGUUUGGUAUUAAUGAUCCGUUUGACUUGUUCUUAAAUGAAAAUGAAUAUCUACCACCUAAAGAAAACAUACAAGUCCUAAAAGAGAAUGAAAUUAUUUUGGUUUCUCCCGGAUCUCACUUAAACAAUAAUCAAUUUAACAAUUUACCAUUAAGUAUUGAAUUUUCAUCAAUAGAUGCAAACAAACACGAACUAGAAGGUAAUUUUGCAUAUCCAGAACAAAUUGAAGAAUUAAUUUCCCAAUCAGGUAAGGAUUCAGGUCAACAAGAACAGUCGUCAAAUAAUUUCCCUGCAGUAUUAUCAAGCCAACAGGAUUUAUCAACCGACAUAUCAAAUAACUUUCAGAGUAAUGAAGAAAUAUAUGAUGAUGCAAAUACAGAAAUUCUUGACAUACUUCCAAGAAGAAAACGUGUAAGGCAUCGAAAGAAAAAAAAAAAAGUUGAUACACAAUUAACGGAAGAAGACAAACCUGCGAAACCCAAGAUUACAAAUUCCAUUAUAUCGAGCACUAUUUCUUCUUGCAAACAUAUUCGUUUUGAUAAUGUAGACAACAAAAUUAUUGUGAAUGACCAAUUUAUAUGUCCAGCACCAUCAAAUCGAGUCGAUACUGUUCACAAACUUAAAAAUUUAUUAUCAUUGAGUAAAAAUGCCAUUCCACUUACUUUUGAAAACAACAGAAUAAAGGGUAUGACAUGUAAAAAAGAGAAAGAGGAAAAAGAAUACGUUGAGGAUACUGUAGCCAAUAUAGUCUCUAAAAGUAUUAAUGGAAAUACAGCUUCAACUGAGAGACUGGAAGAAGUAAACAAGUUUUUAGAUAUAGAUUUUGAAACAUAUGAAGUUAUGGUAGUGAAACCAAAAAUUGAAGAUAUUAUAGCGUUCAAGAUGCUCAAAAUUGGGACAGACUAUACGCCACAAAUGUCGAAUUUUAUUGUGGCAGAAGUUAUAUUCUAUUGUUCAGAAAAAUCAUUAUAUAAACUCAAAAUAUUGCACGGCUUGUCAGAAGUGCAGGUGCCAAUUGGAAAAUUUACAAUUAUGGAAGAGACAGAAGAACAUGUUUUAAAUGAUAUAAUUACAUUACAUCAUGCACAAAUAGUAAAACCUAGACUUAUAUCUAAUUCAGACAAAGCGAUUAGUUCUCCUAAUUAAAUAUUGGUUACGCAAUUUAUAAUAUUAUAUAUAUUUUUAUAUAUUUUAAAUUUAAUAUGUCUAUGAAAAAAAAUAAACUUUCUUAACAACGUGGAUAAAUUUCGUUAAUUAAUCGGAAUAAUUAACAUCAAAUUAAUAGCGAAGAAAUUAGUAAAU